UGGCCGCCGCGAACGCUGUUUGGGUGGCGGGGCCGGCGCCGGCGCCGCUGCGUUGAAUCGGAGUCUGCGCUGCAUAUGCUGUGAGCCGAGCCCUCCUAGAGCCGCCAUAUUGCCCGGGACUCAGACGCUCCGUGUCUGCUACCGCCGCCGCCGCGACUUUGCUUUUAGGCGCAGCGCGGUUUCUUUUUCCUCUUGUAGAGAUAGCCUUGUUGGUUUCUCGCUGGUUUCUGGCCUUGCCAGUCCAUGCCCCCUUCCUAUCUCCUAUUCCCAUCCUCUUCUCCAGGGAUUGAAGGUAUUCGAUUUCCCCGGAUGAGGUGGAACAGCCCGCAGGCCUAGCUCAGCUUAACGGGAGCUACAGGACGAGAAAGAGCGUCAGCCCGCCCGGUCCCUGCAACACAACACCAGCAGUGUGUCGGUCGCCGAAAAACUAGUGACGCAGAAGUAAAAAGAAGAAAAGAAAGGAAAUAAGAAAAGGUCCCCCGGAAAGGAGGUUCAGUCAGGAAAGCGACACGGGACAGCUUCCUGCAAAACCUGGCGUAGGAAAGCCGGCUUCUUUAGCAGCCACCGCCACUCGGCUUUUCCUUGGGAUGAGACGCAGCCCCGUUGGUUGCUGCAGCGGCGGCUUGUGCCGCCUGGGAUGAGAAACUCUUCGGCCACACCCGCCGCAGCCUCCUCCUCCCUGCAUCGCCAGCGGCAGCGACGCCCGGGAGCAGAGCGGGCCUCGGCAUUAGAACCAAGAGUAGCAGCAGGAAAGGGCGACCGUGUGUGGGGUUGAGACCAGUGGGACUCAGCCUAAUUGAGACGUGGAUCCAAAACACCACUAGCUGGAAGUUAUGCAAUGGUCUCUGCAAAAUGGCUUGUUCUUGAGUUGGAGCUUUUUAAAACAGAUCUACGCUGGUACUUCAACUUUAUUAAGCGGACUAUAAGUUUUUCUCUUUCAACAACUACAUAAGCAGACAAAAUUGCAAAAAUCUGCCCUGUUUCGAGUAUGACAGCCACGACACGUGGCUCUCCAGUAGGAGGGAAUGACAGUCAGGGGCAGGCGCCUGAUGGACAGUCCCAGCCUCCUCUCCAGCAGAAUCAGACUUCUUCACCUGAUUCUUCAAAUGAGAAUUCCCCAGCUACCCCCCCUGAUGAACAGGGUCAAGGUGAUGCCCCACCACAACUUGAAGAUGAAGAGCCUGCAUUUCCACACACUGAUUUGGCAAAAUUGGAUGACAUGAUCAACAGACCUCGAUGGGUUGUUCCUGUAUUGCCUAAGGGAGAGUUAGAAGUUCUUCUAGAAGCUGCUAUUGAGCUUAGUAAAAAGGGUCUUGAUGUUAAAAGUGAGGCAUGUCAGCGAUUUUUUCGAGAUGGGUUAACAAUUUCUUUCACAAAAAUCCUUACAGAUGAAGCAGUGAGUGGCUGGAAAUUUGAAAUUCACAGAUGUAUCAUUAACAACACCCAUCGCCUUGUUGAACUCUGUGUGGCAAAGUUGGCCCAAGAUUGGUUUCCUCUUCUUGAACUUCUUGCCAUGGCCUUAAAUCCUCAUUGCAAAUUCCAUCUUUACAAUGGUACACGUCCCUCAGAAACUGUUCCUGCUGGAGCUCAGCUAGCUGAAGAUGAACUUUAUGCUCGUCCUCCAGACCCACGGUCACCAAAGGGUUGGCUAGUAGAUCUCAUCAACAAGUUUGGCACAUUAAAUGGGUUUCAAAUCCUACAUGAUCGUUUUAUGAGUGGAUCAGCACUGAAUGUUCAGAUUAUUGCAGCUCUCAUCAAACCAUUUGGACAAUGCUAUGAGUUUUUAACACUGCAUACAGUGAAGAAAUACUUCCUUCCAAUUAUAGAAAUGGUUCCACAGUUUUUAGAGAACUUAACUGAUGAUGAACUGAAAAAAGAAGCUAAGAAUGAAGCCAAAAAUGAUGCUUUGUCAAUGAUAAUAAAAUCUCUGAAGAACUUAGCCUCAAGAGUUCCAGGACAAGAGGAAACAGUAAAAAACUUAGAAAUAUUUAGAUUAAAAAUGAUACUUAGGUUAUUACAAAUUUCGUCUUUCAAUGGAAAAAUGAAUGCACUAAAUGAAGUUAACAAGGUGAUAUCUAGUGUGUCAUAUUAUACUCAUCGACAUGGCAAUCCUGAAGAGGAGGAAUGGCUUACAGCAGAAAGAAUGGCAGAAUGGAUCCAGCAGAAUAAUAUUUUAUCAAUUGUGUUGAGAGAUAGUCUACAUCAACCUCAGUAUGUUGAAAAGUUAGAGAAAAUUCUUCGUUUUGUCAUCAAAGAAAAGGCCCUUACCUUGCAAGAUCUUGACAACAUUUGGGCUGCACAGGCAGGAAAACAUGAAGCCAUUGUGAAAAAUGUACAUGAUCUACUUGCAAAAUUGGCCUGGGAUUUCUCUCCCGAACAGCUUGACCAUUUGUUUGAUUGCUUUAAGGCAAGUUGGACAAAUGCAAGUAAAAAACAACGUGAAAAGCUGCUUGAGCUAAUUCGACGUCUUGCAGAAGAUGAUAAAGAUGGUGUGAUGGCGCACAAAGUACUAAACCUUUUAUGGAAUUUAGCACAUAGUGAUGAUGUUCCAGUUGAUAUCAUGGAUCAGGCUCUCAGUGCCCACAUUAAAAUCUUAGAUUACAGUUGUUCACAGGAUCGAGAUACACAAAAAAUACAGUGGAUAGAUCGUUUUAUAGAAGAACUUCGCACAAAUGACAAAUGGGUCAUUCCAGCCUUGAAACAAAUUAGGGAAAUUUGUAGUUUGUUUGGAGAAGCACCACAAAACUUAAGUCAAACUCAGCGAAGCCCCCAUGUAUUUUAUCGUCAUGACUUAAUCAAUCAACUUCAGCACAAUCAUGCUCUAGUAACUUUAGUUGCAGAAAAUCUUUCAGCAUAUAUGGAAAGCAUGCGACAGUAUGCUAAAGAGCAUGGAGAAUAUGAUCCACAAACUGUAAGACCAGGAAGUAGAUACAGUCAUGUUCAAGAAGUCCAAGAGCGGUUGAACUUUCUACGAUUUUUACUGAAGGAUGGUCAGUUAUGGCUCUGUGCUCCUCAGGCAAAACAAAUUUGGAAAUGUUUAGCUGAAAAUGCAGUCUACCUGUGUGAUCGUGAAGCCUGUUUUAAAUGGUAUUCUAAACUAAUGGGAGAUGAACCGGAUUUAGACCCUGACAUUAAUAAAGACUUUUUUGAAAACAAUGUUCUUCAAUUGGACCCUUCACUCUUAACAGAAAAUGGAAUGAAAUGUUUUGAACGUUUCUUCAAAGCUGUGAACUGUCGGGAAGGGAAGCUAGUAGCAAAGAGACGAGCCUAUAUGAUGGAUGACUUGGAGUUAAUAGGACUAGAUUAUCUUUGGAGAGUUGUAAUUCAAGGAAAUGAUGAUAUUGCCAGUCGAGCAAUAGAUCUACUGAAGGAGAUUUAUACCAAUCUUGGUCCAAGAUUACAAGUUAAUCAGGUAGUCAUCCAUGAGGACUUCAUUCAGUCCUGUUUUGAUCGUUUGAAGGCAUCCUAUGAUACUUUAUGUGUUUUGGAUGGAGAUAAAGACAGUAUUAAUUGUGCAAGACAAGAAGCAAUAAGAAUGGUGCGAGUGUUGACUGUUUUAAGGGAGUAUAUAAAUGAAUGUGACAGUGAUUACCAUGAAGAACGAACAAUUCUACCAAUGUCAAGAGCUUUUCGUGGUAAGCACAUCUCUCUGGUAGUUCGUUUUCCAAAUCAAGGUCGGCAAGUGGAAGAUUUGGACGUUUGGUCUCAUACAAAUGAUACCAUUGGUUCAGUCAGACGUUGCAUUCUCAACCGUAUUAAAGCCAACAGUGCACAUACCAAAGUAGAAUUAUUUAUUGGAGGCGAACUAGUAGAUCCCGUAGAUGAUAGGAAAUUAAUUGGACAAUUGAAUCUAAAAGAUAAAACACUAAUUACAGCAAAGCUUACACAGAUAAGUUCAAAUAUGCCUUCAAGCCCUGAUAGUUCCUCUGAUUCUUCUACGGGUUCUCCUGGUAACCAUGGCAAUCAUUAUAGCGAUGGUCCAAAUCCAGAAGUUGAAAGUUGCUUGCCUGGAGUUAUUAUGUCACUGCAUCCUAGAUACAUCUCAUUUCUUUGGCAAGUAGCAGACCUAGGCAGUAGUCUAAAUAUGCCACCCCUGAGAGAUGGCGCACGUAUCCUUAUGAAAUUAAUGCCACCAGAUAACACUACUAUAGAGAAAUUAAGAGCUAUCUGUUUAGACCAUGCAAAACUUGGUGACAGCAGCCUUAGUCCAUCCCUUGAUUCUCUGUUCUUUGGACCUUCUGCUUCACAAGUGCUAUAUCUUACAGAGGUAGUUUAUGCCUUGUUAAUGCCCGCCAAUUUGCCUCUGGGAGAAGAUGCUACUGACUUUCAGUACAAUUUCUUAAAAAGUGGUGGUUUACCUCUCGUGUUGAGUAUGCUGACUAGAAAUAAUUUCCUGCCAAAUGCAGAUAUGGAAACAAGAAGGGGUGCUUACCUAAAUGCUUUAAAAAUAGCAAAGCUAUUGCUAACUGCAAUUGGUUAUGGCCACGUGAGAGCUGUGGCAGAAGCUUGUCAACCAGUUGUAGAGGGUACAAGCCCAAUGUCACCGAUCAACCAAGCGACUCAUGAUCAGGCAGUGGUGUUGCAAACUGCUCUACAGAACAUUCCCAAUCCAACUUCAGAAUGCAUGUUAAGAAAUGUAGCAAUACGCCUUGCCCAGCAAAUAUCUGAUGAGGCUUCGAAGUUUAUUCCUGAUAUUUGUGUUAUUAGAGCAGUGCAAAAAAUAGUAUGGGCUUCAGGAUGUGGAUCAGUACAACUGGUAUUCAGCUCAAAUGAAGAUAUUAGUAAAAUUUAUGAAAAGACAAAUGCAGGCAAUGAACCAGAUGCAGAAGAUGAACAAGUUUGCUGUGAAGCACUUGAAGCGAUGACACUUUGUUUUGCUUUAAUUCCAACAGCAUUGGAUGCACUAAGUAAAGAAAAAGCAUGGCAGACAUUUAUCAUUGAUUUGUUGUUGCACUGUCACAGCAAAACUGUUCGGCAAAUGGCACAGGAGCAGUUCUUCUUAAUGGCUACCCGAUGCUGUAUGGGACAAAGACCUCUUCUUUUUUUCAUAACUUUGUUAUUUACUGUGUUAGGGAGUACUGCACGAGAACGUGCUAAACAUUCAGGAGAUUACUUUACUCUGUUACGACAUCUUCUAAAUUAUGCUUAUAAUAGUAAUAUUAAUGUGCCCAAUGCUGAAGUUCUGCUUAAUAAUGAAAUUGACUGGCUUAAAAGGAUUAGGGAUGAAGUGAAAAGGACAGGAGAAACAGGCGUAGAGGAGACUAUUCUAGAAGGUCAUCUUGGAGUUACCAAAGAAUUAUUGGCAUUCCAAACUCCUGAAAAAAAAUACCACAUUGGUUGUGAAAAAGGUGGUGCUAAUCUCAUCAAAGAAUUAAUAGAUGAUUUCAUCUUUCCGGCAUCAAAUGUUUACUUGCAAUACAUGAGAAAUGGAGAAUUACCCGCUGAGCAGGCAAUACCAGUCUGUAGUUCCCCAGCUACAAUUAAUGCUGGAUUCGAGCUGUUAGUAGCCUUAGCAGUGGGCUGUGUCCGAAACCUCAAACAAAUAGUAGAUACUUUGACUGAGAUGUAUUAUAUAGGCACUGCAAUAACUACUUGUGAAGCCCUAACAGAAUGGGAAUAUCUGCCACCUGUUGGACCACGACCACCAAAGGGAUUUGUAGGGCUUAAGAAUGCUGGAGCCACUUGUUACAUGAAUUCUGUCAUUCAGCAACUAUAUAUGAUUCCCGCCAUCAGGAAUGGAAUUCUUGCAAUUGAUGGAACAGGCAGUGAUGUAGAUGAUGACAUGUCUGGAGAUGAAAAACAAGAUGAGAGCAAUGUUGACCCACGAGAUGAAGUAUUUGGCUAUCCCCAUCCGUAUGAAGAUAAACCAACUUUAAGUAAAACAGAAGACAGAAAAGAAUACAACAUAGGUGUAUUAAGACAUCUCCAGGUCAUAUUUGGUCACUUAGCAGCUUCUAGAUUACAGUACUAUGUGCCAAGAGGAUUUUGGAAACAGUUCAGACUCUGGGGUGAACCUGUAAAUCUGCGGGAACAGCAUGAUGCCUUAGAAUUUUUUAAUUCUUUGGUGGAUAGUCUAGAUGAAGCUUUAAAAGCCUUAGGUCACCCAGCAAUGUUAAGUAAAGUUUUGGGAGGAUCCUUUGCUGAUCAGAAGAUCUGUCAAGGUUGCCCACAUAGGUACGAAUGUGAAGAAUCCUUUACAACACUGAAUGUAGAUAUAAGAAAUCACCAAAAUCUACUUGACUCCUUAGAACAAUAUGUCAAAGGAGACUUACUGGAAGGUGCAAAUGCAUAUCACUGUGAAAAAUGCAACAAGAAGGUUGAUACAGUGAAACGCUUGCUGAUUAAAAAACUGCCUCCAGUUCUUGCCAUCCAGCUAAAACGAUUUGACUAUGACUGGGAAAGGGAAUGUGCAAUCAAGUUCAAUGAUUACUUUGAGUUUCCACGUGAGUUGGAUAUGGAACCUUAUACUGUGGCAGGAGUAGCUAAGUUGGAAGGGGAUGAUGUAAACCCUGAAAACCAGCUAAUACAGAAUGAACAAUCAGAAAAUGAACAUGCUGGAAGUACAAAAUACAGACUAGUGGGCGUAUUGGUGCACAGUGGUCAGGCCAGUGGCGGACAUUACUACUCGUACAUCAUUCAAAGAAAUGGAGGAGAUGGUGAGAAAAACAGAUGGUAUAAAUUUGAUGAUGGCGAUGUAACUGAAUGCAAAAUGGAUGAUGAUGAAGAAAUGAAAAAUCAGUGUUUUGGUGGAGAGUACAUGGGAGAAGUAUUUGAUCAUAUGAUGAAACGGAUGUCCUACAGACGUCAGAAGAGGUGGUGGAAUGCUUACAUUCUUUUUUAUGAACGUAUGGACACAGUAGAGAAAGACAAUGAACUUAUAAAAUAUAUUUCAGAACUUGCAAUGACCACUAAACCCCAUCAGAUUAAAAUGCCAUCUGCCAUUGAACGGAGUGUACGAAAACAAAAUGUACAGUUCAUGCAUAACCGAAUGCAGUACAGCCUGGAAUAUUUUCAGUUUGUAAAAAAAUUACUGACAUGUAACAGUGUCUACCUAAAUCCUCCUCCAGGACAAGAUCAUCUACUACCUGAAGCAGAAGAAAUUACAAUGAUAAGUGUUCAGCUUGCUGCUAGGUUUCUGUUUACCACAGGAUUUCACACAAAGAAAAUAGUUCGUGGACCUGCCAGUGAUUGGUAUGAUGCUUUGUGCAUUCUCCUUCGUCACAGCAAGAAUGUACGUUUUUGGUUUGCACACAAUGUCCUUUUCAAUGUUUCAAAUCGCUUCUCUGAAUAUCUUUUGGAAUGCCCUAGUGCUGAAGUAAGAGGAGCAUUUGCAAAAUUGAUAGUAUUUAUUGCACAUUUUUCAUUACAAGAUGGACCAUGUCCUUCACCCUUUGCUUCACCUGGACCUUCUAGUCAGGCAUAUGACAAUUUAAGUUUGAGUGACCAUUUGUUAAGAGCAGUACUGAAUCUUCUUAGAAGGGAAGUGUCUGAGCAUGGGCGUCAUUUGCAGCAAUAUUUCAACUUGUUUGUGAUGUAUGCCAACUUAGGUGUAGCAGAAAAAACACAACUUUUAAAACUAAAUGUCCCUGCCACAUUUAUGCUUGUGGCACUGGAUGAAGGCCCAGGUCCUCCAAUCAAAUACCAGUAUGCUGAAUUGGGCAAACUAUACACUGUGGUGUCCCAACUAAUCCGCUGUUGCAAUGUGGCAUCACGUAUGCAGUCUUCUAUCAAUGGUAAUCCUCCGCUUAGCAAUCCAUACAGUGACCCUAAUUUAUCACAACCAAUAAUGGCACUUCAGCAAAAUGUGGCAGACAUUUUGUUUGUGCGGACUAGUUAUGUGAAAAAAAUUAUAGAAGAUUGCAGUAACUCAGAAGAGACUAUCAAACUACUUCGCUUCUGCUGUUGGGAGAAUCCUCAGUUUUCUUCCACAGUUCUCAGUGAACUACUUUGGCAGGUUGCAUAUUCUUACACGUAUGAACUUCGACCUUAUUUGGAUCUACUUCUCCAAAUUUUGCUAAUUGAGGAUUCUUGGCAGACUCACAGGAUUCACAAUGCACUUAAAGGAAUUCCAGAUGACCGUGAUGGGCUGUUCGAUACCAUUCAACGAUCUAAGAACCAUUAUCAAAAAAGGGCUUACCAGUGUAUAAAGUGUAUGGUGGCUCUCUUCAGCAACUGUCCUGUGGCAUAUCAAAUUUUACAGAGUAAUGGAGAUUUGAAGAGAAAAUGGACUUGGGCAGUAGAGUGGCUUGGAGAUGAGCUGGAACGUAGGCCUUACACUGGCAACCCACAAUAUACAUAUAACAACUGGUCUCCACCAGUGCAGAGUAAUGAAACAUCAAAUGGUUACUUUCUGGAGAGAUCUCACAGUGCAAGAAUGACUCUUGCCAAGGCUUGUGAACUGUGCCCAGAAGAGGAACCAGAUGAUCCGGAUGCUCCUGAUGAGCAUGAAUCUUCUCCACCAGAAGAUGCUCCAUUGUAUCCCCAUUCACCUGGCUCCCAGUAUCAACAGAAUAACCACGUGCAUGGACAACCAUAUACAGGCCCUGCAGCACACCAUAUGAACAACCCUCAGCGAACUGGCCAACGAGCACAAGAAAAUUAUGAAGGCAGCGAAGAAGUUUCACCACCUCAGACAAAAGAAUAGUGAAAAUGCACAUAAUUAACUUGCUCCAUCAAGACUGUGCACCCAGGCCUUACAGUCCAACUUUUCUCUGUGUCUGGCUGAUAUUUAGAAAAACUAUUCCUAAUCAACAUGGAGUGAAGAGUCUAUUCACUGUCUUAUCUGCAGAAAAUUGCUGUCAAUAUAUAACCUGCCUGCAGUGGAAAGUGUAUAGUGUUUUGUAAUAAAUGGCCUGAUGCUAAUGUGUAAAUGGCAAAGGUGUAUAUAGUAUAUUAAUGUUUGACUGUUAAUUCUUAAACAAGAAACUUUUUUUUGUCUUGAAUGAGACUCACAGAUCUACAACAAUUAAUUUCUUGAUAUAUCUGCUGCGCUCUACAACCAGUGUUGCCUGCCUAAUGGCAGUUAGAUCAACUCCUUACCCAUGCCCCACCCAAAAAGUAAGCCUCUCCAUGUCAACCAGAAAAAUACUUCCAUGUAAUUCUUUGCCACUGGAGUCAAUUUUACUAUGAGCAUCAUAAUGACUGGUAACCUUUUAAUUCUUUGGUUGAUGUGGAAAAUUGGUGAUACACCUUGUUUCUAGGUCUUUUUCCAUUGCCUUUUCCAUUCUGGUAUUAAGUUAAUCAAUUUGAAGCUAUAGUUAAGCUGUAACAUUUAGCAUGGCUUCACACCAAGUUAGAGUAGCCAGUGAGGACAGAAAAUGCAGUUGUCCGAAAUGACAACUGCUGUUUAAACCCUUUUCUUCAGACACCUGGGUUAUAAAACAGGAAGGGAGGGUUGGGCGAAGUGGCCGAUGGUUUUCAGUUGCACAUAUGUUCCUCACAUCUGAUGUUUGACAGUUCUGUCUCUGGAUGGGGUAAAAGAACACUUAGUUUUCAGUAAUAGGAAAUUAAAAGAUUUAAAACAAAUAUGCAAAUUUUGCUAUGCCAGGAUGCCUGGAGCAUAACAGACUGUAUUUGGUGUGCUUGUUUUGUUUCUUCAGUAAAGCUUAUUUGAUAAAACUUCUAAUACUUUCCUUUAUACUGCAUUGCAGUGAAGUGGAAGUCAACAAAAUCACACAAUACUUGUGAGUGCCACUGCACCAAGUUAACUUGCUGAUUUUCUGCUCAUGCACAAUUCUACUUGAAAGCAAGAAUUGUCUUAGCUCUAUAUCCAUUAUAAGAGAAAUCUUAACCUUAGGAGCAGAGUUUGAUUAUUAAAGUAAAUAAACUACUGGUUAGUCAAAUAUAAACCUGAGGUAUCUCUAUUCCAGAGUAAACAUUUGUUUAAAGACUUCAAGGAACUCAUCAGUAAAUACUGUAUUUAAAUUAAAAAUUGGUAACUUGAAUGUGUGUAAUUAUUUUGGAACCUGUCAAAAAACCAAAUACCCCCUGCAAACAGAUACAGCCCACCCUAUACUAUUUAAAUAUUUGCUGUUUUAUUUUAUAGAAAUUAUUUUGCUGAAUUCACAAAUAGAAUUUGAUUUAAGAAGACCAUUUUUGUCCUGUGGUAUGUGUGUGUGGUUUUUUUUAAAACAGACUGCACAGGUCAUUAAAUUCUGUGCACUAGAUUGAAUUCUGGAACAAAAGUCACAGUGAGAUUUGGUGGACAGGAAUUUGACCAUUGACAAAGAAUAAAAAAAGAAAACUGUCAUAGUUUCUUAAUGUGA